ACAACGAGCACAAGUAAAAAUUCACAAAAACUAAAACUAAGCCAUGGCAACCAAAUACGAGUUAUCGAAGACUUAUCAGUACCGCAAGGUGAUGAAGCCGCUGCUGGAGCGCAAGCGUCGCGCACGCAUCAACAAGUGCUUGGAUGAUCUGAAGGAUCUGAUGGCCGAGUGUGUAGCCCAAACAAGCGAUGCCAAGUUCGAGAAAGCCGACAUCUUGGAGGUCACUGUACAAUAUUUGCGCCAACUCAAGCAAUCUAAGGCUGCCCCUACAUCCGCUGCCAUUGCUCCCGAGCAUAGUUUUCGUGCCGGCUACAUCCGUGCCGCCAAUGAAGUCUCUCGUGCCCUUGCUGCACUGCCCAAAGUUGAUGUCACCUUCGGCACCACUCUGAUGACACAUUUGGGCAUGCGUUUAAAUCAGCUGGAGCAGCCAAUGGAGCAGCCAAUGCCAAUGGCAAUGCAUACACCACUCAGCAUCAACUGCGGCUCGGCUUCCACCACCACCACAACCACCAGCUGCAGCAGCAUCAGCAGCCGUGACGCCUUCAGUCCCGUUUCCAGCGGUUAUGCCAGCGACAGUGAUUGUGCCUCAUCCGGCUCAUCCACGCCAAUUGCUGCCCAAUCUCUGCUGCAAAUUAGUGCCACCGACAAAGUUUGGCGUCCCUGGUAACUCUUGGCGCCGAGGCAGUCAAUGGGACAAGCACGCAAUGCAAAUUUAGCUUUACUUUUAAUGCUUUACAAUGAUCCUCAUUCUGAUUCCACUUAAGUGUUACGCAGUUUUAUAAGUUAGUUCUGUGAUACGGCACGUUUUAUUGACACCACCAAUAACCAUUAGCCAGAAGUCUGUUAGCCAAUACAAAUGUGUAUAAUUUAAGAAACACAAAUAUUUGAAAACAUAAA